CUUAUACCUAAGUACGUUUAUUAGCUUCCCUAAAACAAAAAGAGUACGUUUAUUAGCCUUCGCCUCCUUAAACAAAUACAUUUUUCGAUGAGCAAUUAGUGUGUAACUUGGGCUAUGUAUCGAUAGCUACUUUAAAUGAUUAGGGUAUCAUGCAUGUACCAGGUAGAUUUGUAGACUUGCGUUAGAAACGUAUUUUAAUAUAUUACUCCGUAGUUCAGCUAUUGCAUAUGAGAGUUUUAUUUCUCAUUUUCUCUCUUCAUUAUAUUUAUUGCCUUUUACCUAUUACGACCUUUGUUUUCCGUUUUACUCUUUUUGUUCACUUGUUAGGAAAAAAAAAUGCAUCUAAUUACAACAAUAUUUUUUGUUGUAAAAUCCUUUCUUUAGGGUUCUCGUUCUAAAAUUACUUUAUCGCAUACAAAAACUUAUGCAGUAUAUGACACGGGUUAUGUAAGAUCAACUUCUUACCAAAGAGUUGUACAUUCUAAUCAAAUAGUUACACCUUAGAUCAAUAAUAGUUAUGAUCAAUUAAUAAUUCUAUACAAUCAAAUAUUUAUAUCUUCUAAACAAUUAAUUGAUUAUAUUUUCUAAUCAAAUAAUUACACUUUUUCAUCGCAUAUUAUGUACUUACAUAUAUUUUUUUAUGUUGACAUCAACGGCCUUAUGUGUAUGACGGUUUCAUAGGAGACCUACCCAUCACCUAAUCUAUACGUACAUAGUCUUAAUAUUUCUCUUAUUGUUGAUUAUUAUCGUUGGUAAGUACAUACGCUUUAAAUAGAAGGGGAAAAGAAUCAAAGAUGUUACAAAGAAACCUUUAAAAGAAAGGAAAAGGCAUAAAGACAAUGGCAAAUUGCAAAGUUUAAAAUUACAAAGCAAAAGAAAACAAGGAGAUUAAGCCGAAAGAAAGAAGCAAGAAGCAUAAAGUUUCUGAUUGAAAGAGUAAAAGUACUUGAAAGCUUGUUCACUCUUUUCAUUGUGUAAGUCUUGUUUUACUAAUGGUUUUCCAAAGGCUAAUACACCGGCUCAUGUUGUUCCUCACUUAAGCCCUUUAAACUACUCCGUAUUCUACUAGCAGAGUAGCAGGGCCGAAGCCAAAUCUUUUGUACAAGGGGGGUCAAUUUUUUUUUACCGGAGUAUUUAUCUAAUUCUCUAAAAUUAAGUAUUAAAACAUAACUUAUUCUCUAUUUCCAUUGAAUAAUACUUUAUGAGAAAUCUAAAGCACUAAAACAAUAAAAUGUAAUGAAAAUAAUAAAAGAAGUUUGAGAAACGAAUAUAAGUUCAUAAUGGAUUUCGUAAACAAAGAAUGAUAGAUUUAUCAAGUAUUACAAAUAAAAAUAAAAAAAAUAAAAAAUAAAGAAAUGCAAGUCACUAGAAUUCAACAUGCAACAUGCAUUUUGGCAGCUAGCAAUUCAUACCAACUCAACUAAGGGAUAAGAAGUUAUUCUUAAGUGCAACUUUUAUUAUACGGUUUUUUCAUGAAAUGCCCCCGAGGUUUUAAAAAACGCACCAAAUACCCUCGCCUGUUUCGAUUCACAUAAUAUACCCCUAUUUAUCCGUACUGUUCAUGACAUGCACCUGUCAGCUAACGCCGUUACUCUGCCGUUAGUGGUGUUUUACUUAUUUGCCCUUAAUUUUGGUUUAGCGCCAUUGACUUCCUUCACUUUCACAGAAAGACCAAAAAAAAAAAAAAACCGUUCACAUUUUUCUCUUUCUCUCUCCUCUCCCCUGUUCUUCUUCAAGCUCUAAUCCUACUCAAACCCUAGAAAUUCUGGGUAGAUCUUCAAUAUUUUUGUGAAUUUUGCUGCGCACCUUAAAGGCGAGUUCGUGGGUUGUGAUUUUGCUUCAAUCGCGACAAAAAAGGGAGAAACUUGAGGCGAUUUCCAGCUGAGUUAGUGUUGAAGAGGAAACGGGAAUUUUAAAGUUGGUUAGUCUACUUCCAGGAUGAGUGCUAUUUGGUUGUUACUACGUUAUGGGUCACAUAGUUUUGAUAUUAGAGUGGGAGACAUGGAAAAAUAUCGUUUGUUGAAGUUGUUUCUUGAUAUCUUUGAGGAAUCAGUUAAGCAAGAUGUUUUUUUGCCUAGUACCUUUAGCUUGUAUGUUGAGGGUCCUUGUGGUAAGGUUGAAUUGAAUGAUGAUAAGACUUUAAGGCUUCUGUGGGGAUGGAAUUGGGGUAAAGACACUGCUGAAAUUUGGGUUGAGGGAACAGAUAAACCAGGAUUGGUGUUUAGGAAUGCUGUUGCAACAAUUGAGAAUCAUAGAAAGGAAAAAGAGAGACAACUUAAGGAGAGACAAGAGGAACUGUUGAGGGCUCAAAGAGAGGAGGAAGAGGCAAUGAGGAAACAACAGGAAAGGGAGGACAUUUUGAGGGAAAUACAGGAACAAAUGGAGUACACUGUGGCUAUGGAGGUCCCUGUUGUUGAUUGUGAGGACAUGAAGGUUGAGUAUGUGAGAGUCAUUAGCAAAGAUGAUCCUGAUGAGGCGUUUCCAGGUUGCUCUCAACCACAACAAACACAAGAAUCCCCAAAGAAACAACCCACCCCACCCAAACACACAAAUCAUGUUGCUUCUAAGUCAAAAGGCAAGGAUAAGCCUGCUUCUAAGAAACUAACCCCCAAAAGGAGGGCAUCAGCUAAACAACCCACCCCACAGAAACAACCCACCCCACCUAAACAACCCACCAAACAACCUACACCACCACCCCCACCACAGAAAGAACCCACCCAACCAAAACAACAACAACACACACCACCACCAGAACAUCCCACCUCUCCACCACAACAACAACAACACACACCACCACCAGAACAUCCCACCUCUCCACCACAACAUCACACCCCUCCACCACCACCACAAAAUCCCACUCCACCACAGAACAACCAAACUGAUGAGCCUAACAAUCAAGCACCACCUGAUCAAGCUCAGCCAGUGAAAAAGAAGGGGGGCAGAGCUAGACCUGAGGGGUUUAGGGUUAACAAAGUCACUGCUAAGAAGGCUGGAACUUGGGUUUCCAAGGGAAAGGGAAAAGGGAGAAAGGGUACAGGAAGGUCUAAGACACCAGGGGUUUUUGCUGAUGUUGGUGAGAUAUGUUCAGAAGAGGAGAGUGAGGAUUCUGAUUAUGAGGAAUCAGAUUCUGAACAAGAGGAUGUUCUGAAUGAUUGGAUUGAUUCUGAACAAGAGGAUGUUUCUGUUGUUUGAUCUUCUUCUUCAAUAGCUUCAACUCUUCAUGCAUUCCCCUGCUCUGUUCUUGCAUUCCCCAGCUUUGUUCUUGCAUUCCCCUGUUUUCAUCAUCUCUGUUUUCCUUGCUCUGAACUUCAUCACUUGUGUGCUCAAGAAAACCUUUGCACCAUUUGAAAUUAUCACAAGGAUCACACUUGUAGUAAAGCUUUUGCGGAUUUUUUGCCGUUUCCGAGCUCCUAAUUGCAAAUCUUCUCCCGCAAUAGCAAUUUUUAUU